AUGAACCACUACUUCGUGUCGGACGUCAAGGUGGAAAACCUGCUGUUCUACGGGUUUUCAUCUAACACUGUGGAGGGUUUGGUUGGAAUGUGCCUUUUCGUGGGAGCACUCUCCUUCUUCUUCGAGUUCAUGAGAUACAUACAGACCAAACAGAAACAGAAGGAACUGAGACUUCGAGUCAAACAACUCAAGUUGCUAUGUCCCACCGAAAGCGCUGCGUUAAUUGCUCAAAGAGUUACAAAUACUCGAAAUCCUUUGAAUAUUACUCUUUUCGAUAGAGCCGUUAUAUUUGGCACGGAAAUUUCUUUGUGGUUGCUGUUGCAAAAUCUGGGAUAUUUCAUUAUGCUUGCCGUGAUGGCGUACAACGUGUGGUUUCUGGUAUCUGCUUGCAUCGGCGGAGCCAUGGGAUAUUUCAUUUUCGGCCAGAAAUUCAUGAAAAUCAACGUACAAAAUUGCCAGCUGAUGCGGGAAGCCUUUUGCAUCCAAAUGUGUACGGAUCUCCCAGAUAACUCCAAUCAACGCGAAGGUGAAUCAACGCCGGCGGGCCAAACACCUUCUACAUCACAUAACAGCCUAAAAUGCCAUCAGAGUCAUACCAAAAAUGACAAAAUCGAAGUCGAAGUUCAGUGCCACUAA